GGUGGCCGCCUUGAGGGGGCCGUGUGACACCUGCCGGGUCACCGGCCGGCCCGUGUGCGGACGGGGCCCUCCGUGCCCUCGGCAAGCGGCGCUGGGCUGUUGCCCCCUCCUGGCCUGGAAGGGUUCGGGCGUAGGAACAAGAAAGCUCAGGAACAGCAGUCCUUGGAGAAACGGAGAGCAGGUUGCCCUUUUUUUGCCCCUCAUCACGAGCCUGACAAGUUUCAGUUUUGGAGUUGUUCUGUACUCAUGAAGGUUGGACAAAUGGAAAGUUAAACAAACGGGUCCGUAUGUUAAUACAAUUUACAGACACAAAUCAAGUCCUGUCAUUUGUGAAGCAGAGAGUCUGCACAGUUCUGGAUAUUUCAGCUGAUAGCUGUAGCUGCCGUACGGAUGGGAGUGUGUCAGAGGUGACUGGUGUGCCGUGUGUUACCCACACCAGGUGCUUCUGUGAGAACGCCGGACGUCCGUAGGUCAGAGCAAGCAAGCGGCGUGCUGUAUCUUUUGCCAAGGAACAAUUUUCCUGCCUGUUUCACUUUGAAAUGCCUCAAGGAAUACGGAAGUAAUAGUUUUAUUUGCAAGCACUGAGACAGUCAUUUGCAGCCAAGAGGAGUACUUUCCCCACCCAUCUAGGUGGAAUUGAUCAAGGUACUGAGAAACAUGAAGGAGCGGGUACUUCUGGGAUUACUGAUCAGGAGAAGGAAUUGUCGAGCAGUGCAUUACAAGCUUUUCAGGCUGGAAACUAUGAUGCUUGCUUACAACACCUAAAUACCCUUCAAGACAUCAACAAAGAUGACUACAAAAUAACUUUGAAUACUGCUGUUGCAGAAUUCUGUAGAAGUAACCAGACUACAACGGACAAUUUGAGACAAACCCUUAACCAGCUGAAAAACCAGGUUCACUCUGUUGUUGAAGAAAUGGAUGGUUUGGAUGAUGUUGAAAACAGUAUGCUGUACUACAAUCAAGCUGUUAUUCUGUAUCAUCUGCGUCAGUAUACUGAAGCUAUAUCGGUUGGGGAGAAGCUGUACCAGUUUAUAGAGCCUUUUGAAGAGAAGUUUGCCCAGGCUGUGUGCUUCUUGCUUGUAGACUUAUACCUGUUAACUUACCAAGCUGAGAAAGCCUUGCAUCUGCUUGCUGUUCUGGAAAAAAUGAUUUCACAGGGCAACAAUAACAGCAAGAAUGGAAAAAAUGAGUCAGGUAAUAAUACAAAUAAAGAUUCUUCGAAUCAAAAAGCUGAAAGUGGAGCUUUAAUAGAAGUUGCCAAGUCUAAGAUACAUCAGUAUAAGGUGAGAGCCUAUAUCCAAAUGAAGUCACUAAAAGCAUGCAAAAGGGAGAUCAAGUCUGUUAUGAAUACAGCUGGGAAUUCAGCUCCUUCUCUUUUUCUUAAGAGCAAUUUUGAAUAUUUGAGAGGCAAUUACCGUAAAGCUGUCAAACUUUUAAACAGUGCAAACAUUGCUGAACAUCCAGGCUUCAUGAAAACAGGUGAAUGCCUAAGGUGUAUGUUCUGGAACAAUCUUGGCUGCAUCCACUUUGCAAUGGGAAAGCACAAUUUAGGAAUUUUUUACUUUAAAAAAGCCUUGCAAGAAAAUGAUAAUGCGUGUGCACAGCUGGGAACAGGCAACUCAGAUCCAGGUAAAAAAUUUUCAGGGAGACCCAUGUGUACACUACUGACUAACAAACGGUAUGAGUUGCUCUAUAAUUGCGGAAUUCAGCUCUUGCAUAUUGGGAGGCCCUUAGCUGCCUUUGAGUGCCUGAUUGAGGCAGUCCAGGUAUAUCACUCAAACCCUCGUCUGUGGCUGAGAAUAGCAGAAUGCUGCAUUGCUGCCAAUAAAGGGACAUCGGAGCAAGAGACUAAAGGUCUUCCCAGCAAAAAGGGUAUUGUGCAAUCUAUAGUGGGUCAAGGCUACCACCGUAAGAUAGUCCUAGCAUCCCAGUCCAUACAGAAUGUUGUUUACAAUGAUGGGCAGUCCUCAGCAAUACCUGUAGCCAGUAUGGAGUUUGCAGCAAUUUGUCUAAGAAAUGCCUUGCUGCUACUGCCAGAAGAUCAACAGGAGCCAAAGCAGGAAAAUGGAUCUAAAACUACUAGUCAACUGGGGGGAAAUGCAGAAAACAGUGAAAGCAGUGAAGCAUGCAGCAAUAAAAGUCAUGAAGGGGAUAAAUUCAUUGCAGCUCCUCCUUCUUCGCCUUUGAAGAAACAGGAAUUAGAGAAUUUAAGGUGCUCAAUACUUGCAUGUAGUGCUUACGUGGCUCUGGCUUUGGGGGAUAACCUUAUGGCAUUGAAUCACGCAGAUAAACUUCUUCAGCAACCAAAGCUGUCAGGGUCUCUUAAGUUUCUCGGGCAUUUGUAUGCAGCAGAAGCUCUCAUCUCUCUAGACAGAAUAUCUGAUGCUAUCACUCACUUGAAUCCUGAGAAUGUCACUGAUGUUUCCCUUGGGAUCUCUUCAAAUGAGCAGGACCAAGGGUCUGACAAAGGAGAGAAUGAGGCAAUGGAAUCUUCUGGCAAGCAAACCCCACAGUGCUACCCCAGUUCGGUCACGUCUGCACGAACAAUGAUGUUAUUUAACCUUGGAAGUGCUUACUGUUUGAGAAGUGAAUAUGACAAAGCUCGAAAGUGUCUUCAUCAGGCUGCUUCGCUGAUCCACCCCAAAGAGAUCCCUCCAGAAGCUAUCCUGCUGGCUGUAUAUCUGGAAUUACAGAAUGGUAACACACAGCUGGCACUGCAGAUCAUCAAGAGGAACCAGCUGCUCCCUUCUGUGAAAACACUCUCUGACAUGCGGAAAAAGCCUGUUUUCCAGCCAGUCCACUCAAUCCAGCCCAUUCAGAUGCCAGCUUUCACUACUGUUCAAAGGAAGUGAGGUUGUUCUUCAACUUGCUGCUGCUGUGCCCAUGAGGGCUUGGGAUUUUGUAUAUUUUUUUAACCUAGGACACCUGAAUACCCCAAUUGCUGGAGUGUGUUUAUGUAAAUUUUUAAUAAAACAUAUAACCAAAA